CGAGGUUUUCAAGCGUUCCCGGAGAGGCGCCGGCCCCAAGCUGGCGGCGGGGGCUCUGGCGGGCGCUGACUGAGGGGCCGGGCGGUCCCUGGGAGCAUGAGCGGCGGCGGGCAGAGGACGCUGUUCCAGAGCUGGGGGGCUCGCGCGCCGGGGGCACCCUCAGACCCUCGGCCCGGCGGAGCGGCGCGGCGCCAGCGAGCCCGGCCCGGCCCCGAGGCGGCGGCGGCGGCGGCGGCGGGGGGGGACGAUGACGUGCUGCUGGCGGCGGCCGAGGCCGAGCGGGGCCCGGGCGAGGGGGCGGGCGGCGGGUUCUGCGCGGCGGCGGGCUCGCUGUGGGUCUACCCCACCAACUGGCCGGUGCGCGGCUACCAGGUGCGCAUGGCGCGGGCGGCGCUGCUGGCCAACACGCUGGUGUGCCUGCCCACCGGGCUCGGCAAGACCUUCAUCGCCGCCGUGGUCCUGUACAACUUCUACCGCUGGUUCCCCUCCGCCAAGGUGCUCUUCCUGGCGCCCACCAAGCCGCUGGUGGCGCAGCAGAUGGAGGCCUGCGCCCGCGUCAUGGGCAUCCCUCAGCACCACAUGGCCGAGAUGACGGGGGGUACCCAGGUUCUCAAUCGGAAGGAAAUCUGGCACAAUAAGAGAGUCUUUUUUCUUACUCCUCAAGUAAUGGUAAAUGAUCUUUCUCGUGGAACUUGUCCUGCUGCAGAAAUAAGAUGUCUGGUUAUUGAUGAAGCCCACAAAGCUCUUGGAAACUACGCCUACUGCCAGGUUGUGAAAGAACUGAGCAAAUACACAAACCAAUUUAGAAUCUUGGCUCUAAGUGCCACACCAGGCAGUGACACAAAGGCUGUACAGGAAGUUAUUUCCAACCUAUUGAUAGCACAGAUAGAGCUGUGUUCUGAAGAUUCCCCGGAUAUUCAGCCUUACUCUCAUGAGCGACAAGUUGAAAAAUUUGUUGUUCCACUUGGUAAAGAACUAGCAGAAAUUCAGAACGCUUACAUCAGGGUUUUGGAAACAUUUGCUGGCCGCCUCAUUAAAAUUCGAGUUUUGGCACAGCGUGAUAUUCCCAGCCUUACAAAGUACCAGAUAAUUCUAGCAAGAGAUCAAUUUCGGAAAAACCCUUCUUCACACAAUGUGGGGAUACAACAGGGCGUAAUUGAAGGAGAUUUUGCUCUUUGCAUUAGUUUGUAUCAUGGUUAUGAACUACUGCUGCAGAUGGGAACACGAUCAUUAUUUAUCUUCCUGUGUGGAAUUAUGGAUGGAUCAAAAGGCUUGACUCGUGCCAGGAAUGAACUUAGCCGGAAUGAGGACUUCAUGAAAUUGUAUCGGCAACUUGAAAACAUGUUUUCAGACACAUCUGUGACUUCAGCAAAUGGAAAUUUUCUUUACAAUAGAAUAGGACCUGCAAAUAAAAAUAAAAUCAUCUACAGUCAUCCAAAAUUAAAGAAAUUAGAAGAAGUUGUAGUAGAGCACUUCAAAUCUUGGAAGGGAUGUACAGAUCAAAGCAUAUCUGAAAGCAAACCCAGUGAUACCAGAGUUAUGAUCUUCUCCUCAUUUCGAGACAGUGUCCAAGAAAUUGCUGAAAUGCUUUCCCAGCACCAGCCAAUUGUCAGAGUAAUGACCUUCGUUGGCCACUCCACAGGAAAGAGCAUGAAGGGCUUUACACAAAAAGAUCAGCUUGAGGUGGUAAAAUGCUUUCGUGAAGGUGGCUAUAAUACACUGGUCUCUACAUGUGUAGGAGAAGAAGGUUUAGAUAUUGGAGAAGUUGACCUCAUAAUCUGUUUUGAUGCUCAAAAAAGUCCAAUUCGUCUUGUGCAGCGAAUGGGUCGAACUGGGCGCAAGCGGAAAGGCAGAAUUGUUGUCAUACUUGCAGAAGGACGGGAACAACGGAUUUACAAUCAAAGCCAGUCCAACAAAAAGAGCAUUUACAAAGCAAUUUCAGAAAAAAAAAUGCUUCACUUUUACCAGCAAAGCCCUCGUCUGAUUCCUGAAGGAAUAAACCCAAAGUUGCACAAAAUGUUUAUCACUCCUGCAAUAUAUGAACCAAAUAAUUCAAGAUCACUUUCCAAAGAGAGAAGAUCCAGCUCCCUCCAGCAUAAAUCCGCUCUCUUUUCCAUGGGCAAUAGCACAAAGCAAACAGACUCUCGUGAAAAUUGGUUCCUGACGUCAGAGGAAUUUGAAGUAUGGAACAGCUUAUACAAACUAAAAGAAAGUGAUGGAGUCAAAGAACCAAUAUUGUCUCAAAGUCACUUUGAAACUUUAGAAAAUAUGGAGGAAAUAGCAGUAUCUCGAGUGGAAGGAGCUCAUGAACUUUCCCUAUCUGAGUGGAGACUUUGGCAGAAUCGUCCCUUUCCUACCUAUCUGGUUGACCACUCAGAUCGUUGCUACCAUUUUAUUAGUGUUAUGGAAAUGAUAGAACUGAUGAGACAUGAAGAGGGAGACUGCAGCUAUGAACUGGAAAUUCAGCCUUAUUUAAAUAUGGACGACAUUAAAACCUCAAAUGCUCAAAGGAGUAGUUGUCUUUCCACCAGCAACUCCAAGGCUCAGAAGGCAUUUUCAUCCAGAAAAAACGUGGCACGAGGAUCAAAAGUAAAACUUGGCUCAUAUUCCUUAAGUGAACUUGAUACAGAAUGUAUUUCACUGUUUAAAACAACAAACUUCAAGACCACAAAAAGAACAUCUGCAUUAAAUUUGAAAAUGCCUGCACCAUGUACAGAAGUUAACAUUUUAGAUUCUUUUUCAACUGCAGAGGACGCUGUUUCUGAAUGUACUGUACAUAAAAGUCUACCAGAUAACAGAGAAAAUGUGACAUUUCACUUAAAUGAAUUUACUGCCCCAAGUAAUCUCAGUGGAAAUGUUACUAGUUGUGCAAGUGAAAUAGUAAAGGAAUGUAAAUCUGUAAAUCAAGCCUGUAGUUCACUGGACAGAAACUGUGCAGAUUCUGGUUACAGUAGCUUCACAGAGGAGAAAUCACCAGUUUCACCUAGCUUGUUUUACCUACCUGAAGCAGAGUUGGAUUCAUUUGCACUCACAACUUCAGCUGAGGAUCCUUCAUUGAUAAAAAUAAUAUUAACAAAUGUAAAAAGGCUUUUGUCACAGUCUCCUCCACCUUUGAAUAAACUUCAUAAUUGUGAAGGAUUGGACAGAACCAGAGAAGAUGAAAUCCAACAGCCUGUUUCUUUUCAAAAAGUUAUUUCCAACACAUUCACAGAGGGAUUGCAGGGCAAAACCUCUGUCUCUUUCACAGAGUUCCAGAAUCCUUUACUUCCCGCUCAGAAAUGCUCAGAAUUAAAUGGCCCCAGUAAAUUGUGUUCCUCUAUUAGUAACUGUCCUUCAGAACCAAGCUUCCUUUCUGAGGCUUUUGUUGGCAAGACAAAUAAUGAUUUUAGCUGGGACGACAUCUUUGACUGUGACAAUGGAGAGCACACAGAAAUUCAAAAGGACAAUCUAACAAUGGUAGAUCAUGCUCUGACUAAUAGCCCUUCAGACAAAAAUUCAGUUGACGGGUAUAAAGAGGAUUCUGAAAAGUUCCAGGAAAAUGUGGCCACUGACAGAGAUGAGAGCAUAAAUUUAUUUGAAGAUGAACAUAUUUCAGAUGAGUGCUUUCUAGACAGUGAUGCAAACCCCAGAGAAUCAUUAAUAAGCUGUAGGACCAGAAAUUUGAAAAUAUCUGAACAUUUGGAUAUUGUAAGCAAACAAUUUCUGGAUAAUGAAGAUCUUUAUGACUGUUCUCAGGAACUUUUCUCCGUUAACUUUGAUCUGGGGUUUUCUAUUCAAGAGUCUGAGGAUGAGGAAAUAGACAUGAAUGGUGGUAGUAUUCAAAAUUCAGAUGGUAUCUUGGGCACUCAUGUAGAUGUUAAACCUACUAGAGGUGAAAAUGAGUUAUCAAAUGAUAACUUGAUACAUCCAUCUCCACCAAAAUUGAAAGAUGAAAGCAUUGCAAGAACAAACUUUUCUACACCAUUGCCCUCACAAAAUCAGAGAACGAAUCAAGCAAAACUGACUGAAAACUGUAUCCCAAUCAUUUCUCCUAUGAAGCUAACAGAAGAAAAGGAACAUGGAUCAUAUGACUCUUUAGCUUCUGCAUUUUCCACACCAAAAGGUGGAAAGGUUAGGAAUGUUAAAGUCCUCAAAAGAAUUUCUAUGAAUGCUUUUUCUAGAAUCAGGCAGGAAAUUCCCCAGAUUUUGCCUACAAAUAAAGUAAAUACCAACACUGUUAAAGUCGUGCUAAAUUCAGCUUUUGAUACACCAGACCUCCCCUCAGGAAAGACUGAAAACCUGGACCAUAAACAGCUGCAUGUUUCCCAGAAGUUUCCUAUUGAAGUAGAAAGUAGCAGCGAAAGUGAAGAAGAGAUUGUUUUCCAAAGGAAAAAUAAGAAAAAAGGAAAUGUUUUGAAGUCUCCUGAUGUUAAGAAUAACAGCGAUUUUGAAUCACCAGUUCAUGCUGUCAAGAAACGUAGGCAUCCACUUAACACAUCAGAUUUAUCUAGUGAUGAGGGCAUGGAUUUUCACAAGAAAUCAAACAGGACUGUGGAUAGCGACAUGAGCCGUUGCAGGAAACAACUAAAAGGUGUCAAAAGGCAAAAGAGUGAUGACAACUUUUUUAUGUUGAAGAGUGCAACCAGACAAUUUUUAGAUGAAGAAGCUGAACUUUCCCUACAAGAGGCAGAGGAUAUUUCAUCUGAUGAGAGUGAUUCAGAGAAUGAAUUAAACUCCUCACUCAAUCAAUUCCUUAAUGAUGAGACACAGUUCACAGAGGUUUUAAAUGAUUCUGAGAUGGAAGGAAUUUAUUUAAAAUCUGUGCGUAGCCCAGCUCUCAGCAACAGGUAUAAAAUGGUGCAUAAAGGAUUCAAUAGUAUGACAGUUUUCUCACAGAUUCCUGAGCAAGAUGAGGCUUACUUAGCAGAUAGUUUCUGUGUUGAAGAGGAGGAAGAGGAAAGUGUCAGGAAAAGUGACUCUAGUGAAGAAGAGGAAGUGUGUGUCAAUUUUGACCUUGUAAUGGAUGAGCGCUCUGCUAGUGGAAGAAAACAAUACUUCACUCGCCGCAGAGUAAAACUAAACCAGGCCAAGACAAAACAAAAUUGUGCAGUUCCAUUAACAAAGAAAAGGUCCCGAAUUAUUGUUCUUGAUGAUUCUAGUGGGGAUGAAACAAAUGUCAGUAAUCAGAGGCCAGUAAAAACAGCUUCUCCCAGGACAGACUACAGCCAUGCUCACAUACCCAAGUCGUUGCUUUCAGACUCUCCUGGACAGCCUAAAGCUCCUGAUAGAAAGAACUCUAUUUAUCAGCCCCUGGAGAACAAGGAUCAGAGACUAAUUAACCUGAAGGCUUCAGUGUCUGAAGUGCUGGACUUUCAGCCAGAAAGUAGGGGCAGAGGCAGGCUGUCUUCGCUGGCUAUUGUCAACAAUGAUUUGCUGAGAGGGGAUGGGGAUUUUCAGGCAAAACUCAAGGUGGAAGGUUCUUCAAAAAACCUCUGUGCCAACACUUCAGAUACAUGGUGCUCUGCUUCCAAGGGAAAUUCUGCUGUUGCACCACCUGUUUCAGCUGGUCUUCUGGAGAGAAAAGCCUCCCUUUGCAUUCUGGUCGACAGUCAUGAGAUCUCCUCUGGAUCAGAUAUAAUUUCCUCCCUGAAAGCGAUUCAUGGAGUAAAGGUGCAGGUUUGCUCUCUCGGAGGCUGUGAUUACAUUGUGAGCAAUCGAAUGGCAGUGGAAAGGAGAACUCGGUCAGAACUGCUGAACAGUAUGAACAGGAACAAAGUUACACAACGGAUUCAGCAUUUGCAGAGGGUGUUCGAGAGGAUAUGUGUGAUUGUGGAAAAGGACAGGAUUAAAGCAGGAGAGACUUCAAGAUUAUUCCAAAGGACCAAGUACUAUGACGCCAUGCUGUCAGCCUUAAUCCGGGCUGGAAUCCGAAUCCUUUUCAGCUCUUGCCAAGAGGAAUCUGCCCAUUUGCUGAAAGAUCUGGCUCUGGUAGAACAGAGAAAGAAUGUUGCUAUUCAUGUACCAACAGAAGUGAAAGGGGCCAAACAAGAAGCUCUCCGGUUCUAUCUGAGUAUUCCCAACAUCAGCUACGUAGCUGCACUGAACAUGUGCCAUGGCUUUGAUUCUGUGAAGAAGAUGGCUAACAGCUGCCCAAAGGACAUAGCCACCUGUGCCCAAGUGAGUCAGCAGAAGGCUGAGGAGAUCUACCGCUAUAUCCAUUCUGGCUUUGACUUGCAAAUGCUGCCUGAAAAACUUCACACCAAAGGGAAGAGUAACACGUAACAGCAACACACUGAGAGAAACACAAGUCUGGACUCUGGAACUUUGAGCAGCCAGAGUUUGAUUUCAGAAAGACUAUUGUAUGGAUUUUAAGUUUUUGCAUCGCUCUGAGCCUUAGGAAGCUGGAUGCCUGACCUGGUGAUGCAGUGCACAUACUCAGAGGUGGAUACAGACACUUGGGGAAUUUUUACUGCAAAAAUUUAAGCACCAAACAAGUUUAGGUGGCUACAGGGUUUGGGGGCAUCUGUGAAUCCCCAUGCAGCCUGAUUCUGGUAUUUAAGUACCCACACCGCUUCCCGCAGCUCCCAUUGGCCAGGAACAGCAAACCACAGCCACUAGGAACUACAAACGGUCAAUGUAAAUAAACUGUCUCACAGCCUGCCCAGGGAUUACCCUGACAGGCCACAGGUUGCUCACCACUGACCUAUAGGGCUACACAGCAGCUGAUCACAUGUUCUGAGGAGCUACAUUUUGGACUUUGGCACUUAAAGUGCUAGUUAGGUUCCUAGAUCCCUUUGUGGCUCUAGCUCCUAGUGUUUCUGAAUUUAGUCAGAGAAUUGCCAUUUUCUGGCUAGAAGUUGUUUUCUCCAACAUACAGUUUUGAAGACUGGGAGCUUUUACUAUAACAAGUAGGCCUACAAUUACAGCUUUGCAAUUCUGGGAUUUUUCUGAUUCCAUUCAGCAGGAGGAAUAGCGCACAGGGACUAGGGCUACAUACUCCAUGCUGGUUUUCAGUUCAAAUUACAGGAAAAAAUUAUUACCGAUUUCUUCUUGAUGUUGCCCCAGGUACCCUUCUUGCCUUGUGUGUUCUUCUGCAUUCUAAAUACAUACUUGUCAUAGUCAUGCCUGUAAAUACAAAGAGGUCAGUCAGUAUUAUUGGUGCAUCUACUCUGUAGAUUCCAGUUGGUACAAUUACAGCCAUUAGAAAUGAGUUACCCCGUAGGCAGAAAGGUAACCAAACCAUUUUAAAGGAAAACUGAUACCAUAUUUAGUCUUUUUUAAAAAGCCAGCACUAUAGGUCUGUGCAUGAAUUGUAUGAUAAAGGCUAUAAGUAACACAGCAGUCAGAACGUGCGACAGCUCUCUGAAGUGAGAGACCAGCGAAACAGUCAGCACCCUCCUUUAAAAAUAUAGUGCUUAUCCCUGCCCUUCACAAGUUAGCACUAGCUAAGCAUAGCAUCCCAGAAGCUGCUUCUUCCUCAGUCAAGCCUGGAAGUGAAGCCUUUUGUAUUAGCCACUGUCGUAGGAGUUCUACUUCAGGACUUCUAGGAACUGCUGAGGGUUCUCAACCCGCUUUGGCCAGGUCUACACUACAAACUUUUGCUGGUAUAAUAAUAUUGGUUAGGGAUGCAGUUCUUUAGGACAUUUUUAUACCAGCAAAAAGCCCUACUGUACACUGUGUAGAUGCAGUUAUACUACCAAAAAAGUCCUCUGUCGUAGAUCAUAAAGCCAGAACUGUGACCUUCUCAACUGGUCUCCGUGCAUAACACAAGUCAUAGAAUUUCCCUGCAAUAAAUUCCUGUUUGAAUUAAAGCAGAUCUUGACUUAAAAAUUGCUAGUGAUGGAGAUUCCACCACAACCUUGAAUAAGUUGUUCCAGUGGCUACUUAUCCUCACUGUUUUAAAGUCUGAAUUGGUUUAGCUUUAACUUCCAGACCAUGGAACUUUUCCCAGUAUAAACUGUCUCCCACUAGAGGGGUUUGCCAGCAGAGCUAUCCCAGCUAACCUUUUCCUAGAAUUCUCUGGGGUGGCGGGUACUGUGCUACCAUCUAAGCCUUAUCCACAGGCUGUUAGGAUUACCUUAGACUUGCAGAUAUAUGUAAUGGAGAAAGAGGAACCAUCAAAUGGCCGAUAGCAACUCAAACCCAAUUUUUACCUUAAAAAGAACCCCCUCGCCCUCCACACAUGAAUGAAUUGAAAGGCGCUCAGAUACAUUGGCAGUGGACCUCUAACAAAAAACCCCACACCACUACAUAUUUCAUCACUACCCUAUGCUUCAUGUUUUCCACACUUAAGAUGCUUUUUUUGCACUUUUUAAUUUCCCGAUUGGUAUGAAGGAAUCUAGUUUGGAACUAAAGCUAAAAAUACUUGAAGUGAUACAAGUGAAAUGCUGUAUUUGGCUCUUAAAUCAUCUUUAAAUGCUAACAUUCUGUUCCUCCUUUUUACAAAUUGCCUAAACACAACACUCAUGGCUCCCCCUUCCAAACAAUCAAUUUGCAAGCAAUUGAAAAUGACAAGUUCACUUCUGAACCAAAUUUCUUCAGAUUUUUUGAAGAAAUUCCACUGCCAGCACAAAGACCCUGCUAAAUAUGAAGCUCAAUCACUAAUCAUACGAGUGAAAAUGGGCAAUCAAUUCAUCAAUUUCUUAGAUGUUUAUUUUCAAAUUCACAUAGUUCAAAUAGCAUGAGCAAUUUUGUUAAACAUCUCUCUGUCCAACCAAAAAUAUACAGGAAUACAGGAUUUCCUAUGCAGGAGCCUAGCAUGCAUGCAAAACCAAUAUCCUAGCUCCAACAAUUGCCUGUUACUGAUGUUUUAGAGGAAGGGGGAAAAAAAAAAGCACACAAAACCAAAGAAAUAUAACAAUGUACCUGAACAACUACAAUUAAACACAACAGGAACUUACUGUUGUGUCCUUACAGUAUCUUUCAAAUGCUGGGUUUUUAUUUAAGAUAUAAACUCUUGGUAUUCACCUCUAACACUUCUUGGACCUCAGCUCUGAAGCAUGGAGACAGUUUUGCUAAGUCUUAAUUAAAUGUUCCAAUUCGCAUUUCCAUAAAGCUGACACAUGCUUAAUUCCAGGGUGCCAUCCAAGCCAGCUUCAAAAUACUAAAUUUCUUAAAAGUCUACUCUUUGGUUGUAAAGUUUAAACACUUGGCGAACGACUGCAAUUUAUAUGAAAAAAGGUAGAGCCUGAACAGUGCAGUUACCUAUGGAGGUGGUGGAAUCUCCAUCCUUAGAGGUUUUUAAGGCCUGGCUUGACAAAGUCCUGGCUGGGAUGAUUUAGUUGGGGUUGGUCCUGGUUUGAGAAGGGGGUUGGACUUGAUGACCUCCUGAGGUCCCUUCCAACCCUAAUCUUCUAUGAUAAUGCCCAUCAGAACCUGCUCACCGCCUUUCAAGUAGAAAGACAUAACUGAGAAACUCUUUGUGGCAUUACACAAUGACCAGCAGCAGCAGAUUGUACUCUUACCUGUUGAUAGAUCCCAGCAUGCCAGGGCUAAUAUGAUCACACUGAGGGGUUUUUACCAAGGGGAAGACAGCUGAGGAAGGUGUGAUUGGAUUGCUGUCCAUAAGCUGGAAGACAUCAUCAUCUUGGCUUUCCCGAAAUGUUGGGAGCUACAAGAAAAAUCACAUCAUCGUCGUCAUCAAUGAACUAGCACUUUUAGAAACCUAUUCAUCUGGGACAGUGAAUUAAAAAUGCACCUUACUUAUUCUGCUUUCCCCUCUGUAGUCUCUUGUUAAGGAGCACAGAUGAAAUAGCCUGCAGCCAAAUGCUUUUUUAUUUGGACAGCAAGAGCCACAGCACUUUUUUUUUUUGUUUUAGCAGACACCAAGAAUAUUGGACUGGGUUUUGAGAGUAAGAUGGGAAGAGAUUUAAAAGUUCUCUUAAAAUUUUAUUUAGCAACUUUCAAGGUAUUUCAAUCCAUAUUAAGUUUUCCUUGGCACGAGAUGGAUUUGGUUUUCAAAUAAGCCUCAAUUCAGCCUCUUUUUAUGCACUCACAAUUUUACAUGUGCACUUUUUAAAAACUAAUGGCUGCUGUCAGGUUUAUGCUUGUAAAGUCUGUCUGUACACACGGGUUAAGGCUUGAAAAGCAUGCAUGCAGGUGUAUGUACACACAAAGGGAAUACCCAUCUUUAAAAAAAAAAAUAAUCAGACCACACAACUGUGGAAUUUUUCCAUCAACUACUAGUCACACAGAAACCUAGCCAUCACUUUGAUCUCACUUACAGAAUAAAAAUUCUAACUGUAAUUACAGGGGGCAGAACCUCCAGACAGUUUUAUUACCUGCCUCAUUUUAGAUUUAUAAGAAUCUUCCCUUCAUAUUCAACCUGUCUUCAAACAAGCGCUAAAACAACAUCUUUCAAAACAGUCUCUGAGCCAUAGCCAGAUCUGGAAGUGAAUUGAAAGGGACAUAACAUGUCCUGAAAGGGAAAGUAUUGCUAGAUUUCAUGUCACCUCUUCAAAUUUGCCCAAGAAAGUCAGAUUAGAGUAGUAGCUGGGAAAACUGUUACCAUCAAGGUUCUUGAAGACAGUGCACCAGGAUUUAUUUGAGGGGCUACGUGACAAGAGGAGGCUGGGGAAAUAAGCCUUGUAACAUUGUUAUCCGUAGCUUAAAGGAACCUAUUCUAGCUAUUUCUUAGACUCUUCUUCGGAAGUUCAAGUCUCUGCAGUACUUUUGAUUGAAGGCCAGACGCUUGCAGCAGCCAGGCAUGGCUGGGAGCAUAUCUAGGAAACCCAAAUUGCCAACACUAAGCCAUAAGUGGUCAAAGAUAUAAGCCCUUUCUCCCAACAUAAAAGUCACUGACCUAUGAUCCAAGAAAUUGAACGGGCAGAUUUUUAAAAUAGAAGAUUCGAUUUAAUAUAUUUUUUUAAAUUACAGAUUUACCUUUACUCUUCUAUUCUGUAGCGGUGUUGCAGUGAAAAUAUCAUCAUGGUCAUCCUUUGGCAAAUGCUCCAGGAAGUCCCUCAUCUGUUGUUUCCUUUUAAACGUUCCCACCUUAGCAGUUAUCAUUACCGGUUGUUUCUUAUCUGAAUCUGCCAACAUAUUACAUUUGUUCAGAGGUAUUGGCUAUGUUAUUUGGCCUUACAGAUUAUUAGUUAUAGACAAUACUGUUGUGAUGCACAAUCCACAGUUUUACGAUCUUUUGAGUCUUCCUGCUCCCUGUACUUCUAGUUUCUAUAGAAUUUACACACGAAAA